CGCGGAUCGGCCACCAUCUUGUCGGCUGCCGCUUAGCCAGGGUUUUCCGCUGCCGCUGCUCCUGCUGCACCGGACUUGCCUCUCGCCCCCGCCAGAGAUCCAUCCUGCAGUCCCCGGUCGCCGCCUUGCAUCGGCUCGCGGCCAGCAUACCCGCAAGAAGUCCCCAGACGACUCGCACACCCAACCCCUGUCCACCCGGCUCGCCAGCAUUGCUGCCAUUGCCUCCGCAGCCAUGACCUUUGCACCGUACUCGCUCAUCUCGUUAGUGCCGCACAAUGUGCCCCUGGAAAGCAACGACUCGACGGCCGGCUCGACUGCUUCGUCCCGCUCGCACGGAAGCGCCCCGCUCUCGCUAUUCUCGAAGCUGCAAGCCUCGGCGUCGCUCUCCAAUCUCGGGGCCGUUGCCGCCGGCACCAGUCCAGCAUCCGGGUCUGGACAAGCCGGAGCCACCCAACCAGGGCAAGGGUCGCUCACUCGAGUCUCAAUCGAGACGGCUGAGUUGUGUGACACGACGCUCUACAUCGGCACCUCUGACGGGUGCAUUAUUAAGUACAGUCUCGAUGCGAGCAGCGAUGCCCAGAUGUCCUCGACCCAGAUCAAGUCGUCCGAAGGGAGCAAGAUCUCGACCGUGACGAUCGGCGGAAUGCCCUCGACCCUGGUCCAAAAGGUCCACAUCAAUUCUUCACGCAAGCCGAUCGAGACCAUCGUGGCCGUACCAACGGAAGCGAGGCUUAUUGUGUUCUCAGACACAACCGUGACCUUUUACAACAUCGACACCCUCGAGAUGAUAUCCGUCAAUGUGAUUGCUCCGAUCAAGCCCAUACUGUCGAUCUGUGUCGACAAGUUUAUUCAAAGCCCGAUGCACUUCACUGUCGCCAAACGCCGUAGCGCACACUGCCUUCGUCUCGGGGACUCGCUGAUGACAGAAAAGGAUAUCCCCAUGUCGGAUGGAGCAAUUGCGAUGGCGCGAUACAAAAACCACAUAUGCGCAGCCGAUCAGUCGAGCUACAAGAUACUGAAUGUCGAGACCAGCCAAGAGUUUCAGCUGUUUCCGUACGACCGGCAGCUCAUGAGGCCCAUGGUUGUUGCGAUUCAGGAGGAUGAGUUCCUCCUGGUCAUUGGCACACCUCAGCAAACAGGGCUAGGCAUGUUCGUCACCGGAAACGGCGAUGCCAUUCGCGGAACACUGGAGUGGCCGGCGAUGCCGAAAUCCGUUGCUUUCCAGUUCCCGUACGUAAUUGCCCUCCUCAAGUCCAACGUGAUCGAGAUUCACAACAUCUUCAACCAACAGCGUGUGCAGCACAUCAUGUUCCCACGGAGCAUGGAGCUGAAAUCCCUGAGCGAGGCCACCUUCAAUCUCGAAAUCAGCAAAGGCGAUCCCAAAGAAAGCUCGUCGAUUCACGUUGUCGCGGCUGGAAAGGACACCAUCAUUGGACUCAAGAUGAUGUCGCUCGAGGGCCAGAUAUCCGAACUAUUGAUACAAAAACAAAUCUCACGGGCCGUUGCCCUCGGCGAGCAAGUCAUCCAGUGGAACCGGCAUGACGGAUCGGACGCUAAGAAACGAAAGCUUAAAAGCCUCUAUGAACGGGGCGGGCUGGUGUACUUCAAAGACACUCUGUUUGACGACGCCAUGACCCUGUUCCAGAAGGGAGACCUCGAUCCGGCCUAUCUCAUCAGCUUGUUUCCCGAGCUGCAGCCCAGCAAAGCUUACGAGCGGCAAACUUCAAGCGCAUCCAUCGAUAGCGCAGGCGUUGAGCUGGAGGCGCUCUCAUCAAUCGAGGAGCUUGUAUCUUACAAUCUACAGCACAGCUAUCCUGAUGCUGAGGAAGACGUCAAGGAGUCAUAUAGAGCGGUACUGCGAACGUCCGCCAAAGAAAUGCUGAAGAAGUAUCUUGUACACUACCGCGAGCUGCACGGCGGACGAGAGGAUAUCGAUUCGUCGAUCCUCAAGAUCUACGCAGAGAUGGAUCGCGACGCCCUCUACGAUUUCUUGAACGGCGAGAACGUUUGCGCUCUCGAAGAGUGCGAGCAGUUCCUACUGGAAAGAAAGCUAUUUUACGGAGUCGGCCUUCUCUUCAAAUCCCGGCACAUCCCGGCUCGGGCUCUGGAAACAUGGAAAAAGAUCUACACAAAGGAGUUUAUUGAUCCGGACGCCAGAGGCGGCUUGGUCGAAAUAAUGGACUACAUCCUCGAGCUCGACGACAAGGAGCUGGCGUGGGAGUACACACAAUGGAUUCUGAAACAAGACUCGGCCCUGGGUGUUCAGAUAUUCACGAGCAAGAAGGCCAAGGUCGCCCAGUUUGAGCCCAGCCAAGUACUUGACCAUCUGCGUCCAUUCGGUGUCGAUGCUGUGCGGGCCUAUCUGGAACACGCAAUCAAUAUCGAGCGGCGACAGACACCCGCAAUCCACACCGAACUGGCAGAGAUCUAUCUGGACAACACUCUCCUCUAUCUUACCGCGGAUGCAAUUGAGCAGCAUAGAAGUCGAUACUGGACGCUCUCGCCGCGCGGGUCAUUCCUGAGCUUCCUGGCCAGCCAAAACGACUCUCUCGCGCGUGCUCGCCACAAGCUGAUCUUGUUUCUGACUCAGUCCUCAAGCUACGACGCUCAGCAUAUCAAGGAUCGUGUUGAAAAGUCAUGCAUCGGGCUCUUUGCCGAGCGUGCGGUGUUGCACUCGAAGCUCGGAGAUCACUCGCACGUUCUGUCCCUCCUGGCCCUGGAUCUCCAAGACUUUCACAGCGCCGAGCAAUACUGCUCCAGCCAAACGCUCGGAGAACACCCGCAACCGACCCUGUCCGAAACUGAGGGCCGAUCCAGUAUCGCCAUCACACAUGAACUUAACAUGACCGAUGCGGAUCGGAUGCGAAGGAAGCUGACCAUGAUGCUGAUCGAGCUGUAUCUGCAUUCGGAACAGCCGGACUACUUUUCAAAGGAAAUCCUCCGACUAGUCAACACGCACUGGCCCAGUUUGGACAGCGUCCAGAUCCUCAGUGUUCUGCCGGGCCAUUGGUCACUCGCUGCGGUGAGCGGGUUUUUGGAGGCGUCGAUUCGGAAGAGCCUCAACGACUGUCGUGAGGGACAAGUGAUCAAGUCCAUCAGCAAGAUUGAAAAUCCACCGUCUGAACGUGCGGAGCUUCUACAGCGUAUCCAUUUUUGAAACGAGACACCCUGUUUUGAGCCAGGACCGUUGUUUUUUGCCGGGACCCGAAUACACCCGCCCGUGGGACGGCUUCGUCUGAGCCAGCUCGCCGAUCCGGCAUCAGCACCU